UCUGAGGUCAUCCGCCACAUCACCUCGCAUCGGCGAAGCGAGGGGACAGGAAAGGAAGAGGAAACAGAUAUUCAAGAAAACAAAACCCAUCAUUUGCGAGCUCGAUCUGUCGUUUUGCAGUAACUGUACACUGUCGUCUAAUAGAGGUUGGGAGAAUAUUUAAAGGCGUUGAUAAAAAAAAAAUAGAUAAAUAAGAAACCGGCGAAUUUAACAGGGCGUUCAAACUGUGGCUUGCUGAAGCGACUGGAAAUGUUACAGUCUCUGGCCGGCAGCUCCUGCGUGCGGCUCAUCCAAAGUAACAGAUCGACAUGGUAUUUCUUGUGUCUUGUCGUGGGCUAUGUCCUGUACCUCAUCUUCGGCGCCGUGGUCUUUUCGUCGGUGGAGCUGCCGUACGAGGACCUCCUGAGGCAGGAGCUCCGGGCUAUCAAGCGACAGUUCCUCCAGGAGAACGACUGCAUAUCGGAGGAGAGGCUGGAAGAGUUCCUGGCCAAGGCGCUGGAGGCCAGUAACUACGGGGUGUCUGUGCUCAAUAAUGCCUCAGCCAACUGGAACUGGGACUUCACCUCGGCGCUGUUCUUCGCCAGCACCGUGCUCUCCACCACAGGGUAUGGCCACACGGUGCCGCUGUCGGAUGGGGGCAAGGCCUUCUGCAUCAUGUACUCUGUGAUCGGGAUCCCCUUCACCCUCCUGUUCCUGACGGCGGUGGUGCAGAGGAUCAUGGUCUUCAGCACGCGGCGGCCAGUGGCAUACGUGCACACGCGCUGGGGCCUGUCCAAGCCGCUGGUGGCCGCCGUCCACGCCACCCUGCUGGCUCUGGUCACAGUCUCCUGCUUCUUUCUCAUCCCUGCCAUUGUCUUCUCCGCCCUGGAGGAGAACUGGAACUUCCUGGAGUCCUUCUACUUCUGCUUCAUCUCCCUCAGCACCAUCGGCCUGGGAGACUACGUCCCUGGGGAGGGCUACAACCAGAAGUUCCGUCAACUCUACAAAGUGGGCAUUACUGUCUACCUGCUGCUGGGUCUCAUUGCCAUGCUGGUGGUGCUGGAGACCUUCUGUGAGCUGCAGCAGCUGAAACAGCUCCGAAAGAUGUUCUACCUGAAGAAGGAGAAGCCCGAGGACCGCCUGACCAUCCUCGACCACGACCACCUGUCCUUCUGCUCCGUGACUGACCAGGCCGCCUCCCUCCGCGAGGACAAGGCCGAGGCCUUCGCUGAUGGGACGGUCCUGGCUUCCCCCGUGGAGGGCGGUCACAUGAUCAGAUAGGGGUGGGUGGGGCCAGGGGGUGGGUACUGGGGUGAAGGAAGCAGUUGUUAGACCAGCAUGGUCAGCUCUCAUGGCGGUGAGCCAUUCUGAGUAUUUUCCAAAGCCAUGGGGAAAUAAGGCCUCACAAGCACCCACCAGAAUGGUAGAGCUAUCAUGCCACUCGCUGAUCUGAACCAAUCACAACAUAGCAGCCAAAAUGGUACCUCCACCCCAUUCUGGGGUCAAUACUGAGCUUGGCUCUUUCUCUCUAUCACUGGUUUUGGAGUGUUCCCCACAGCAAUACUGCUCCAGGCAAGGUAUUUUUAGCUAGCUUUACCGUAUGAGUAGUUGUUCAUGUAAAGACAGCAUUACCUUCAUUUUAGCUGGAGGCAGACGCCACGCCUAAAUAAAAACCAUUAUUGUAUAUUAUGACUUAGGUACAUAGGUUUAUUCCUCAAAUGAAAGGAAAUGAUAUGUAUAAUAUCAAAUAGCAUAUAACAAGUCAGUAUAUACAUAUAAAUAGUGUAUAUAGACAUAAAAAGGUAUUGAGAUGUUGCCUGAGCAGCUUUUCUGAGCUUGGGUCAGUUUGUUUUAAAGGCUUGAAAGUUAACAGGAAGUGAAGGAAUGUGGUCUGGGUGUUUAGAAGGAGCCAUAGAAAUGCACUUGUUUGCCUGGUGUUUUACAAACAAACAGACGUCCUGGUAAUUGUGUGUGCACAUGUACACACUCCUUGAAAACACAGCUGCAGGGGAGGGAAGAUUUUAUUGGAUGAUUCAUAAAACGGGAGGCAGGCAUGUGUCCAGUCAGAGAGUCCCGUUCUCUCGUCUGGUUCGUAAUUAUUAUUACUGAGUAAUUUUUUUAUUUAAUUGAGUCGCUUGUGUCUUUUUUCCGUCAUUGUUGUUCUCCAGGUUGUCUUGCACUAGUGACAUAGCGAAACGUACUGUAAUAUAGUACUGUAUUUAAAACUGUGCUGAAGUGUCCUUGGCCAUCUCGGAUGCUCUCUCAUUGCUCUGAAGGGAAGUCUUUGCUGUUUUUUUGGGUGGAGGGGCUGGACCCUGAUCACAACAUUAUGAAGAUGUGAUUAACAACCAUAUUCAAAUGAAAGCAGAGCUUCAAGGCAAGCGCCACACUGAGUUUUUAAUGUGACAGGCAUCUCGGGUGACUAUGGAAACCACAGGGUGCUGUGUUGGGUGUGGGCAGUGACAAA